CGGCGGCUCCGCGCGUUGAAUUCAAAUCGCCACCGGGAGCGGCCCCGCGCUUCGUCCGGGCCCGGGAGGGCGGCGGCAGUGGCACCGCCGCUCCUAGGGGCCCCCGGCGCUCCCGAACCGUGGGAGCCGGCGGGACCUGCGAUGCGGAGCGGCUCGGCGGGAUAAGCGGGUGUCGCCUCUGGAGGCAGCGGGAGAAUGCGGUCGGCGGGCGGGGAGAUGGGGGCCGGCGACAAGGAAAAUGAGCAUUCUGAACCAUGCAAAAAUGUACUGAAAACCCCUUUGAAACAAGUAGCUACCUCACAUUUGGUACUGACAGAGAGACAGCCUGAGUGUCAGCCUCUAACCACACCCCCAAAACCGAAGGAAACCCCUCCAGCAGAUCCAUGGACACCUACUUCCAACCUGAAAAUGCUGAUUAGUGCAGCCAGUCCUGAGAUUAGGAGCAGAGAACAGAGAAGGCAACUGUCAGAUAGUUCAAGUGAGGUACUACAGACAAAACACUGUUUGCAGGAGCACUUGUUGGGGGAUGAAUAUGAAAAAUCCCAGCCGAGUCGCAAAGAGAAAAGUCUCGGAUUACUGUGUCAUAAAUUCUUAGCUCGAUAUCCUGAUUACCCCAGCCCUUCACAGAAAAGUUACAUUUGCCUUGAUGAAGUCACUGAAGAGCUACACGUGGAGCGCAGGCGCAUCUAUGACAUUGUGAACGUGCUGGAGAGCCUGCACAUGGUGAGCCGCCUGGCCAGGAACAGAUACGUCUGGCAUGGGCGCCACAACCUCCCCCAGACCCUGCAGGCCCUGAAAAAGGUGGGAGAAGAGAACAAAUACAUACAGCAGAUCCAGAUGAUCAAGAAAAGAGAGUAUGAGCAUGAAUUCGACCCUGACAGUGAAAGAAAUGAAGAAAUGGCAAGUUCUUUUGGCUCAAGGGAGCAGUCAGAAAUGUCUUUUGUCGAGCUCCCAGGAGUGGAAUUUCGUGCUGCAUCAGUGAAUGGCAGGAAAUACAAGUCCUUACGAGUGAUGAGUCAGAAAUUUGUGAUGCUGUUUCUUGUAUCAACACCUCAAAUAGUGAGCCUUGAAGUUGCUGCAAAAAUCCUGAUUGGAGAAGAUCAGUUAGAAGACUUAGAUAAAAGCAAGUUUAAAACCAAAAUUAGAAGACUUUAUGACAUUGCAAAUGUUCUCAGCAGCCUUAAGCUUAUCAAAAAAGUUCAUGUUACAGAGGAGAGAGGUAGAAAACCAGCAUUCAAGUGGACAGGACCCGAGGUCUUGCCAAAUACUCAGGAUACAAAACUUGAAGCAACUUCUACAGCCUGUUCCCCACCUAUUUCAGAAUCAAUCCCUUCCAAAGAGCAGUGCUCAAAAGCCCUUUUUCCUUCAAAAGGAAAGCAAAACUUUACUCGGCAUUCAUCUCUAAUAAAAUUAGUUAAGAGUAUAGAGAAUGACAGAAGGAAGAUCCAGUCUGCUCCAACCAGCCCAGUUAAAAUAAGUGCCAGUACUUAUCAAAGUUUACCAGUUUUCCCAAAUACAAUAGCUCAGUUUCCAGCAAUCACUAAACAUCAGCUGGAAGGACAAUCCAAGACAGCAGAAGAGAUGCAAGUGAAAUGUGCCCUGUCCUCGCCUGAGGCUGUCCACAAGCCUGAAACCUCUCAGCAGCCAGCUCUGAGCCAGCCACUCGGGGUGUGUCCUGCAAGCCACAGCUCUGUGUCACCAGUCAUCCUACCUCAUCCUCAGUCUGGGGUUUCAUAUGCAAUUUAUCUGCACCCUUCCCAAGCCCACACGGUGACAACCUACAGCCCAGGCUUCAUGUUGCAGCCUCUGCCAUGUGCUAAUGUAACUGGAAUUAAGAGUAAUAAUUCAAAAGUGUUAAAUAAAAUAACCGCCGAGGAAGGGGACACUCAGAGAGGUUCAGAUGAGCCUACAAAAUCCUUGGUAACUGAAGAAAGACCUGAAACGAAAUCAGAAACUUCAUCUCAGCGGUGCCUUAAAAGAUCACAAGCAUUACCAGAGAAUAAUUUAAUUAAAAGGCGUAAAAGUGAUGAGGAAAGUCGUGAUACUUCUUUGGGAGAAUCCACUAAGAAUGAAAAAACACCUUUCAAAAGCUCACAAACGAAUCAUGAAAUGGACAGUGUCCAGGAAGAGAGACAGAAUGAAACCAAAACAGUAGAUCAAAACAUGGCAAGUUGCUGUGACCAAUGUACAAAAGAAAAUAUUCCAGAAGAUGAAGAUAAAAUCAAAACAAAACAAGACAUACCUGUGGCAUUUGCCAUUCCUGCUCCUGAGACUUUUUUUCCAUCUGGUUAUCUUAUUCCUCUGGCUCACUGCACCCAUGGCAACAAGGCAGAGUGCUCCAAUAAAGAGAAGGCUGGGGUGUGUUCUGUGCAGCCUACAGCCUACAGCUCUCCCAUCACUGGUGUCAUUUCAAUGCCAGCCUCAGAACUGAAAACAGUCAAUAUUCCUGCUUUUCACAUAACACCCUUGAACAUAAUGCUGUCACCAAAUUCCAUAGCUGCUGCACCUGUACUAAGCAACUCCUGCCUCAAUUCGAGCAGUACCAGUUCUGCCCCAAAUCCAAGCUCUUCAGCUCUGAACUUUAUGCUGCAACACAUAGGACUAAUACCUGCUGGUGUGCAAGUUCCUGCAAAUCCUGUUCUUCAGCACAUGCCAGUCUCUUCCCAAUCAGAAAAUAUCAGCCAUAGCUCAGGGAGCACAAGCAUGCAAGAAGGGAAGCCUUCUGCUCCAAAGGAGCCUCAGGAGCCUCAGGCAGUUACAGAAAACUUUUUCCGCACACCAGGAGGGCCAAACACAGAACCUUCACUAUCUGCAAACUCAGAUGGUACCCAGAGAACCUCUCAAGGAACUCUAUAUACUCCUCAACGAAAACUUGAAGUUUCAGAAGACUAAUUUUGGGAUAGCGAAUUCCUGACUGUGUUAGCAGGCAAAGUUACUGGUAACACACUGCACACGUCUGGCAUUGUAUGAUGGACAAUGGUUUGGACAUGUAUUGCCAAGACCUCAAUGCUGGAAUAGCCUUAAUUGAUGCUUUAGAAAAUAAAACUGACUCUUAAGGAGAAAGUUAAUGCCUAAUGAAUUUUUCCAAAAGGCUUACCUGAAGUAUUUUAACAACAAAGUUAUGUAUCUAGUGGGGUUUUUUGUGAGCGUGUAUUGAUUUCUUCUAUGCAAAGUAAGCUGAAAUUGUCUUUGUAUAAAAAGGUACAGUCUAUCAGUCAGUACAUAUAUUGCACCAAAAAAAAGUACUGUGAGUGUGUAAAUAUUUUAUGUCUUAGCAAAAAGGCCAUAGUUAAAAUGUUUUGCUUCUGUGUUUAAUAAUGCUCUUUUGUAAAGUUAGUAAGAAGCACAAAAAAACCCCAAAUUUUCUUAAUCAAUUUUUAUAUAAGUUAAGAAUUAUUUAUACUGUAUUUUUAAAUCAAUUUGUUCAGAUUAAACUUACAUAAAACUCUA